AUGUUUCUCAAACGAAAGCAGUUAAAACCUUCUUCCAUUCUUCAUCCACAAGAAGAGGAUGAAAAUGACCAUUCGGAAGAAGUCAUAGAGGAUGAACAAGAAGAAAAUAAUGAAGAGGAAGAAGAAGAAGAGGAUUUUGAAGCGGAAUUAUAUAAUGAUGCUGAACAAGAGGAUCCGAACGAUCAAGAGAGCAGCGAUGUCUCGGAGCCUUCGGAGGAUGAAGAGGAUGAAAAAACUCUAUCAUUUGCUGAAAGAUUGGCUCUAAGUAAAUUGAAAGAAAAUAACAAUCAUCAUAACAAACGAAAUAACAAUCGAAAUUCAUCAUCAAAUUUGUUGAACUCUUCGGAAGAUGAGGAACAACAAUUCAAGAGAAGAAAACGAAGAGAAAAAAUCACAAAAGAUCCUCCAGUGAUAGAGAAAAAGAAUAAGAAUGCUCCAAAGGAAGUGAGUGCAAAAAUCAAACCAACUACAAUUCCUGAUAUUGCUUCACGAUUGGGAUUUGUGAAAAAGAAGAGUCAUGAUCCUAGAUUUGACCCUAAAGCAUCAAGUAAUAUUGAUCAUCAAAGUUUUAAACAGUUUGCACGAAACUAUGCACAUGUGUUUGAGAAAUUGAAAGAUGACAUUGAAGAAUUAAAGGAACAGUUGAGAGACAAGACUCUCUCACACGAAGAAAAACUUGAAAUUCAAAGAGAAAUUUCCAAAUUACAAACACGCCACAAAAAGAUUGAAUCACAACAAGCAGCCUCAGAAAUUAGAGAUCAAUUCUAUCAAAGAGAAAAGAAAUUAAUUGCAGAGAAAGGAAAGAAAGCAUUCUUCUUAAAAGACUCGGAUGUGAAAAAGAUUCUCAAGCAACGAAAAAUGGAUUCUCUCAAAAAGUCAGGCAAGAUGAACAAGUAUCUUAAAAAGAGCAAACGAAAGGAUAAGAGUAAGGUUUCUUCUCUCAUGCCCACCCAACGUGCUUCUCAUGAAUAA